AUGGCCAGUUUGAUCAAGGUAACUGGCAGAGUAUACAGAGCUACACCUGUCAGACAUGAAGGAGCUGAUGUGUCCACGUCAAAGACAAACCUGGAUGUGUCUGAGGACAGAAGAGAGGACAGUGUGGAUGAAGAGGAUCAGCUGUGUCCUGAUGAUCCAGAGAGGUUGAAGCAGCAGCAGCAGCAGCUGGACACGUUAAGUUUCACACCUGAACUGUUGACAGAGUCUGGAAAGACUUCAUACAGGUUCAGGUGUCCUGGUCCAGGUGUGUUCCAGUGUGCUUUGACUGGACUGGUGUUUGUUAUGGCUCAGGAGGCGGAGCUGCUGUACAACACUGUCCAAUGGGAUGAAAUCGUCCUCCAGUCAGCUGGCAAGAUGGCUGCAGGGCCGCUGUUUGAAAUCAAGUGUUCAGAGGAAGCUGCUGUCUGUCAGCUCCACCUCCCACACUGUGAAAUUCUGGAUGCUCCGCUCCCUGAUGGCCUGUUGUCUGUUGUCCACAUCACUGACGAUGGAAUGAGCGUCCUCAAGUCGCAGGAGAUUACAGACACUCAUGUGGUUGUCACUCACCUCUCUGCCUUUGGCCUGGUCUGGGAUAUCGUCACGAGGUUUUUGAGCAACCUAAAACUAGUCAGCGGCCAAGUUCUGCUGUUCCUCGGACCACCAAUCCCAGAAACACAGAGGCAAAAACUCAAUGUGCUUCUCCUGCCAAGAACCAUCCCUCUGACGGAGGUGAGCCCACAACAGCAACUUUGCAAGAACAUCCAGGCUCCUUCCACAUGUAAACUCAUCAAAGAUCAAAGUUACACUGCUCACUGUCCUCAGGCCAUUAAAGUACAGCCUAAGAAAGCAGAGUUCGACCUGGAGUUUGGACCAAAUUAUCACCCAACGUUUGAGAUCCGCCUGCCUACAAACACACCAGAAGUGACUGUAACAGUCCAAGAUGAAAGACAGACAAGAGUCUGGGAGCAUGACGUUGAUCUGAUGGGUUCAAGAGAGCAAAUUCGACAGAGGAGCGUCCCAGCAGAGGACAGUGUCCCAGCAGAGGACAGGGUCCCAGCAGAGGACAGCGUCCCAGCAGAGCAGAGGCUGUUCUCAGUUCGGACACAGUUUGUCAGCAGAGUGUCUGAUCCUAAUCUGAACCAGCUUCUGGAUAAACUCCUGGAGCGUCAGGUUAUAAAUGAUGAUGAAAUGCAGUCGGCCAGAGCAAAACUCAGAGCAGACAAAGCACGACAUGUGAUCGACACGGUGCGGAACAAGGGAACUGAAGCCUGUUCAGUUCUGAUCGCUGCUCUCUGUGAGGUGGAUCCACAUCUUUCCAGAGUGCUGAAAUUAAGCUGAAGCAAAAACAAGAAACUGAGGAGUGUGAUGAUGAAUCUCUGUAAGAGCUGACUGUUUCACAUUACUUACUGUCAUCUUUGAAUGAAAGGUUUUAAUAAGUGGACUUUCACUCUGAAAGUGAUUGAGUUAAGAGGGAGAAAGAGGUGUUGUUCUCUCAUUCAGCCACUAGAUGGAGGCAGAACUUCACUGAUGGACAAAGAAGAAGCAGCUGGAGCAUCAGAUAGAUGUGAAAAUAAUCAUUUAGAAAAACAUCAAGAAAGAUUUCCAAGUGAAGAUUAUGAACCUGAACUUGGCUGCAUAAAACUACUUAGGGCUAAGGUGUCCCUUCAAUUUUCAUCUGAGGGCCUGUGUUUACAGAGUGUUUUUCUUGGUGCUGGGUCGAGCCUCAUCCCAGCGCUUCAUAAAAACAAGCGCUCACAGCUUUUUUUUUUUUAAUGACAACAACACCUUGACCUGAAUGUUAUUUAGACAGCUAACGUAACGCUACAGAGGGUUGACUUCACAGUCAACAACAAGCUGACAAUGGUACGGUGCUGAAACACAGCACUCAGCAACAUUCAGUGUCUGGGUAAUUGGCUCCCAUUAAUGGACUUUUCUGUCUUUGUUUGUUUCUGACUGACCAACACCUGCUCAUCCCAACUUAUCAAAUACCUCCGCUUUGUUAGUGGGCGUACACGUCAAACUAUGACGCCCUAGGUGGCCUCCUGCGUCUGUUAUGGACAUUUAUGAACAGCACGUCAAUUUAUGCUUGAUAAAUGCAUUGUGUCUUUUCAAAUUACACUUUAGUUGUCAUUGGAAAUGUACAGUUUCUGCAUACAGGGUUUUUAAAGAAAAUAAAAUUACCACAUAGAUCAAA